CGGCGAAGAAGAGCUAACACAUGAAAAACAUGCUGCUUUAUUUCGUCGUGUAAUAUGUACGUCGUUCACGUAAGAAACGUUAUAUUUUAAAAGCAGUUUUCUAGUCUAUUUACUCCCCACAUUCUCAAUUCAGACCUCGGUGCAUCGGAAACAUUGUCAAGAUGCCUGUCCAUUGCAGUAGCUGCGUUGACAAGCGCGCCGUGCUGAAACGUCCAAAGACAGGCCACUCGCUGUGUAAGGAGUGCUUCUUCUGGGCCUUUGAGGAGGAGGUGCAUCAGACGAUUGUAGAAGCAAAGCUGUUCAAACACGGGGAGAUUAUAGGAAUUGCGGCCUCGGGUGGAAAGGACUCCACAGUGCUCGCGCAUGUGAUGAAGCUCUUAAAUGAGCGGUACAACUAUGGCCUUGAACUUAUGCUUCUCUCGGUGGAUGAGGGAAUCACCGGGUACAGAGAUGACUCCUUGGAGACAGUGAAGAGGAAUCAGCAACAGUAUGAGCUGCCACUGAAGAUUGUGUCGUACGAGGAGCUGUAUGGCUGGACUAUGGAUGCUAUAGUGAAGCAGGUGGGACUGAAAAAUAACUGCACCUUCUGCGGGGUGUUCAGGAGGCAGGCGCUGGACAGAGGAGCCAUCAUGCUGAAGGUCGACAAGAUAUGUACAGGUCACAAUGCCGACGACGUGGCGGAGACAGUGUUGAUGAACAUCUUGCGAGGGGACAUAGCUCGUCUGCGCCGCUGCACUGCCAUCUCCACAGCCAGCGAAGGCGAAGGGGUUGUGCCGCGCUGCAAGCCGCUCAAAUAUGCGUAUGAGAAAGAGAUCGUUCUGUAUGCUUACUUUAAAAAGUUGGACUACUUUUCCACUGAAUGUAUCUACUCUCCCAAUGCUUAUCGAGGGUAUGCAAGGACCUUUUUAAAGGACCUGGAGAGUGUGAGGCCUAGCUCCAUAAUUGACGUCAUCCACUCAGGGGAGAACCUGUCUGUGCGGGAAGGGGUGAAGAUGCCUGUGCAGGGAACCUGCAACCGCUGUGGCUACAUCUCCAGCCAGGCUCUGUGCAAGUCAUGCGUGCUGCUGGAGGGGCUGAACCGAGGUCUGCCGAAGCUGGGCAUAGGCAAACACCACCGCCUGCAUGACAAACUCCUCUCCCAGCAGCCCCUUACUGAGAAGGAGGAGAGAAAGCUGAAAUCAGAAGACUUUUGACAAAUAUUUUGCCGUUUUAUUUACCAUAGAACAGAAGACAUGACAUUUUUGAAAUAAACCAUGAUUGUCGUAUUUUUACACAGGAAAUGACUAGUGUAAUGUCAUCAAUUUAAUAUUUAUUGAAAGUUUGUAUGGAAUAUUUUAAUUUGGUUAAACUGAGAAACAUUUCAGCCCACGUGAAGCUUCUUCAAAGCAUAGGAAGUCCGUUCACUGCUGUUUUACAUCUGCUAACUUCACUGAGAUGCUAUGGAAACAUUUUUUCAAAUGGUUUUAAUUUUGUCUGAACAUAAGGUCAUAUUUAAUAAUAAAUGAAUGGUAUGUGUGUCCACUUUUUGUCAUAUUUGCCUUUGUGUAUUAAGCAUGACGAUGGGAGAUGUUUGACAUUUUUCAGUUUCUUUGAAAGCUUCGAUACCAACUUGUGUUGAGUUCUUCAGGUAUUAAUCUUUAGGAAUCAGCAUCACUUGGUUUCCAAAUUACUGGAUAUUUAAAACACACAUGCUUUAAAUAAAACUUAAGUUGUGUCCACCUACAGAAGGCGUGCGAGAUGCAGGGACAAGGAAUCGCAACUUUAUUUUGUAUUUUUAAAGAGAUGGUUCAUGUUUGAAUGAGUUACGAUCACAUUCCAAUGUGUUUUAUGAACUAUGAUUUAAUAAAUGCUUUGUUUUCGUG